AUGACGCCCUUCCUCUCGCCACAUCUGGUUGCCACACCACAGGCCCAUCAUUCGUCGACGAUAAAUCAGGGAGCAAGUCCGAAUUACUUCGGCUAUCAGAGUGAUUCCAACAGCUUCUUAUCGGAGUCGCCACGGCAUGUGCAAAACAACUGGAGCCCGCCUUCCUCAACCGUACGCUCCACCAUUGCUGCAUCGCCUGUCGUAGUUCCGGUCGACCAAAAUCCCGAGUUCGAGGCGUUUCGGCGCCAGUCAGACAAUAAUAAAUCGUUGAAUAUCACCCACAUGGGCGGUCUUAAGAUGAGCAUACCUGCUGCAAGACCGAGUAUUGAUCGGACCAUGAGCAUACGCACGCCUGGAGCACACACAGCCCCUGGGACCAAGCCUAGAUCAGAUCCUAAGGACGUUCCACAACCUGCUUACCGCGCACAACUUGAAACAUCGCCGACAGAUCUCUCGCGGUCACCGAAGCGAACACAUUCGUCGACGACGCUAGUAGACACUGCUCGACGAGGGUCACCUGCUAUCUUCUCGGCAGAUUCAGGGCCCGCCAGGAAAAGUCCUAGAAGCAGCCCGCCUGACGAGCUGCCCCGAUUUCAACUCCCCCUCGACAAUCAGAGCGGGCCCACUGGCUCACUGAUCGCUAGAGCAGCGACAUUACCUUCUGCUAACGAUUCAGCGGCCGAGCUCUUUGUCGCACCGGAACGCUUGGUCAAUUUAAUGUCCGCACGCCAUGAGCAGAUAUUGCUGCUGGAUCUGCGAGUCUCGACCCAAUAUGCGUCGGCACAUAUAUCCUCUGCAUUGAACCUUUGCAUACCGACUACGUUGCUGAAACGCCCAGCCUUCGGAGUGAAAAAGCUGGCUGAAACCUUUCGAGAUGAGGAACAGCGUCAGCGUUUCGAGAGUUGGGCCAAAAGUAAUUCAAUUGUGGUGUACGAUGCAUCAUCGUCCUCGCUCAAAGAUGCCACGACAUGUGUCAACACCAUUAAGAAGUUCCGGAGUGAGGGAUACGAGGGCAAUCUGUAUAUCAUGAAAGGUGGGUUUUCUGCGUUCUCCCAGCGUUUUCCAUCUUACAUCGAGACUGGAACGAGGCUCCAAGAAGGUGUCGAGUCUGACGGCCCAGAGGUGGCUCCUGUCGUCGGAGGCUGCCCAAUGCCGUCAACGGAUGCACCCGCAAAUCCAUUCUUUGGCAACAUUCGGCAGAAUAUGGACCUCAUUGGUGGCGUCGGGCAGAUUGCACUGCAGCAUCCAUCCAAAGCUACCAAUCACGAAGAGGAGAAAUACCCGGCGUGGCUUAAAGUUGCAUCAGAAGAUCAGGAUAAAGGCUUAAAUGUCUCGAACAAAUUCGAGCAAAUUGAGCGACGCGAGAAAAAGCGAAUGGAAGAUGCACUGUCUGGCAAGGUCUCGUACGAAACAGGGGGCAGCGAGGCUUCAGAUCUCGUCCAAAUAGCUGGUCUCGAAAAGGGGAGUAAGAACCGUUACAACAACAUCUGGCCAUUCGAACAUUCUCGUGUCAAGAUACGGGGCGUGCCCUCCCACGGAUGCGACUACUUCAAUGCGAGCCACAUCAAGGCUUCACACAGUAAUAAACGAUACAUCUCGACUCAGGCACCCGUUCCUACGACCUUCAAUGACUUCUGGAACAUCGUCUGGCAAGAGGAUGUGAGGGUUAUUGUUAUGCUCACAGCAGAGAAAGAAGGCGCACAAGUCAAGGCACACAAUUACUGGGAUCAGAAACAAUAUGGCCAUCUCCAAUUAAGCUUCCUCUCUGAAAGGCGAGCUUCGCUAGAAUUAACGAGAAUACACAAGCAACAGAAGCGACCCGCUCAGCUUCAAAGACAUAUGACUGCCUCCUCAAACCCGCAGAUACCGCUGGCCCGGCUAGAUGCCAAGGAUGAGACGAGUGGCGAACAACCUUACGUAAUUGUACGAAAGUUCACACUCAAGCAUGAAAAGCAUCCCUUCGCGCCCAUGCGUGAGGUCACACAGCUGCAGUACUCCAAUUGGCCUGAUUUUGGCGCUCCUGCCCAUCCGGCCCACCUCUUGGGAUUGGUCGAGCAGACUGACGCUGUUGUUCGUGCCAACAAUCAAACGCAAGCGGCAGAGCCCGAGCCGCCAAAUACUCGUCCUGUUCUCGUCCACUGCAGUGCUGGCUGCGGGCGCACAGGAACAUUCUGCACAGUCGACUCUGUUAUCGAUAUGCUGAAACGGCAACGGAUUUCGCGCGCGGCUGCGGAGAAGACUCCUCCCAGCACUGCCAAUCGGACGAUCGCCAAAAGUGAGCAUGGCGGCUUCUUCGAUACCUCACGGAGCGCAGCAUCUGACGACGCCAAUGUCGCUAGUGGCGCCUGGCUUCACAGCGAUGACGCGGAUCUGAUCGAGCGGACAGUUGAAGAUUUCCGUCUGCAGCGACUGAGCAUGGUACAGAACUUGCGUCAGUUUGUGCUCUGUUAUGAAAGCAUCAUGGAGUGGGUCGUCGAUCAAGACCCCAUCACAAGUGAGUCAUGA